AUGACGAAGCGCACCAAGAAGGUCGGUGUCACCGGUAAAUAUGGUACCAGAUACGGUGCCUCGCUCCGAAAGCAAGUGAAGAAGAUGGAAGUCUCCCAGCACGCCCGAUACAUCUGCACUUUCUGCGGCAAGAAUAGUGUAAAACGCAAGGCCGUUGGUAUCUGGGAGUGCCGGUCAUGCUCAAAAGUCGUUGCUGGUGGUGCAUGGACUGUCUCGACUCCUGCCGCAGCCACCAUCCGAUCGACCAUUCGUCGUCUCCGGGAAAUUGCGGAAGUUUAA